AUGAUGAACUUCGAAAAAUUGCUGUUGAUCUCACCGCUUUUGGUGCGCCCUUCAUAUUUCUUGGUAUGUUUGAUGUUUCUUGAUGCAGCACUGCUAGUUACUGGAAAUAAAACGACUGAGCAAUGGACGCUUCCAAGAAGUUUCUCAAGGAAGAAAGAAGGUCGACAAACUUUUCAAGUACUUGGUGGCAGCAACGUGACUUUGGUUCGUAUCCUACGCCAAGUAUAG